AUGGUUUUCAAAUGCGAUGGAAAUAUCGUCAUCAAAGCAAUAAAGAACGCGCUGGACUACACUGAAUAUAACAACACUGCAGUACCUGGAAGUGCACAAGCUGACUGUUCCUGCUCCAAGGCCAUCUGGAUUACUGCGAUUGAACGAUGUCUCUCUCAUUUUCAUGACCUACACCUCCACGACAACACUGGCAGAUAUCUGGGCAGGGCUGGAUAUAUCACAGAAAAGGUCCAUCCAAGAUCAGCUCAACCAAAUCCUAACCGAUCUAAGGUCUCUUUCACACCCUACUGGGACACCUCUUGGAGGGAAAUUCAAUGUGUCUUUACACAUGGUGAUCUACGACCAGAUAAUAUCACUGUGGAACCAAGUGAUGACUACCAAUUCCGAGUUACGGGUCUUCUAGAUUGGGAAUAUAGUGGGUUCUAUCCCGAGUAUUACGAGUUGAUUAGGAGCACAAACGGUCUCAGCCCUUCUGUGGAUAAUGACUGGUACUUGUCCUACCUGAGUGUAUUCACCAGAACGCUAUGGCAUGUGGUGGUUACCGGACUACGCUCAGGGGGCCUUCGUGGAGUGAUUAUCAUUUGGCUCUGA